CUGCCCCGCCGCUCCCCGCAACAAUGAUUGCCUUAUAGUGACUGUAAUGUCCCACGGUAUGGAGGGAAAGGUAUAUGCUCGUGAUAUGUCCUAUCCGGUAGAACGUUUAUGGAAUCCAUUUUUGGGUGAAAACUGUAGAUCGUUGAUAAAUAAACCGAAAUUGUUUUUUAUACAGGCCUGUCGUGGUGAAAAUCUAGAAAAGGCCGUUACAUACGAUGCCUUUGCGCCCAUGUCGCGUACACUCAAUGUGAAUGCAGAGCCAGAGAAGCCACCCACAAUCACGUAUGCGAUACCAAAUACAGCCGAUAUGUUGGUUAUGUAUUCCACAUUUGAAAAAUAUUACUCUUUCCGUAAUGUUGAAAAUGGUUCAUGGUUUAUACAGAGUUUGUGUUCGGUGCUAAAUGAAGCCGCAGCCGGUGCAGCUCUUACUAAAGAGGGCGCUGAACUGUUACGUCUGCUAACUGCCGUCAAUCGUAAAGUGGCCUAUGAGUAUCAAUCGAAUGCUAAAUAUGAAGCCCUUAAUCAAAUGAAAGAAAUGCCAAAUUUUCUAUCGACCCUCACGAAAACCUUUUAUCUGCGAGUGAAACGUAUUAACAACAGUUAAACAUAUUCUGAAAGUGAAUCAUCAAAUUUCUUUCCACAUAAUUAGACAAAAAUAAAAAAUUAAACAAAUCAAAAUUAUACAACUACAUUUAAGCAAAUAAAUUAAUAC